AUGAGAUUAUCCCAUGGCUGGAAUAGGGACGAUGCGCUGAACGUGGUAAGCACAUUUGGUUUACGGAAAAAUCGAUCGAAACGUGAAAAUAAUAAGACACAAAAGAAAUACAUGUGCCCUGUCGAUGAAUAUAAAUCUGUUGUGAUAAAGAUCCAUAACCACUUGACCGAUGUACACAAAGCUAUUUGUGGGAGCAAAGAAUAUAAAAGACUCCUAGAAAAGGCAACCGAAUACGACCCCAUUGUCAUUUCUUCAGACAAUUCUCUGUCUGAGGACUCCGAUUCUUCAUACGAAUAUAGAAUGUGGAGAAAGGAACUUAAAAAGGAGAAGGAAAACGAACGGGAAGAGAGGUUGUAUAAUCAGGUUUAUUCAAGUGAUGAGGAGGUAUUUGGCACCCCCACUCCUGCAAUCAAGAAGAAAGAAUGUGGUAAGAAGGCAAAUGUUAAAGAACAUCCUUCCAUAUUUCGAAAUGAUUCAGAAGACGAAUGGGAUGAUGAGGACGAUAAUGAUAACGGCAGUAGUGCGAUGAAAUAUAAAGUCUGUGGCAAGACAGCAAAUGGUAAAGAACAUCCUUCCAUAUUUUGAAAUGAUACAGAAGACGAAGGGGACGAUGACGAAGACUAUCAAGAUGAUGACGACGAUGAAGAUUUUACAAUUACGGGAACUGCAAUACAGGACCAGGGUCGCGCAUCAUCAUCAUUGGAGUUGAAUGGGAGUCCUGGUUACAAGGACCCUCCAAAGGGUAACGGUGAUUUCAGUGGUGGAAGUGAAGAGGAGUUAUUUUCUAAUGAUGAUCCUGUUUCAACCAACAUGGAUGAUGUAUCUGAAUCCAUUUUUAAACACUUUGAGUCAUGGCUUCAAGGGCCAGAUGGCGGGAGAAAGGACAGUCGUUGUGCUCAGCAGUGCUCUAGGCAAGUACAAGUUGUUAUAACUUACAUCGAUCCCGAAAAUCGAAAGUUAAUCAAAUUAUUUGAUAAAGUUGUUCUUCGCGACAAGUGGUUAGUAGUUUUUGAGAAGUCACGCCAGCCUGGGACAGUGAAGUCAUGUUUGGGCGCACUGCAUCAAUUUUACGCAUUUCUAAAGUGUGAACAGGUUGAUAUUCCGGAAAUCGACCGUACGUCAAGUAUCUUCAAAACCCUGUGUGAGCAAAUGAAAAUGUGGAAUAAGUUGUGUGCAAAACAGGUGAAAACUCGCUUUUGGGAUAAAAGAAUGGAAGACAUCUCUAACUUACGUACACCCGAACAAGUCAAGCAGUUCGACACUUCUGAUGUGGCUAGAGAAGCGGUCAAGGUACUCGGCGAAUUUGAAGAAUCUCCAGAACAUGUCAUGCCAAGUCAUACACAGUACACAACAGUUUGUGACUACUUGCUAACUAUUCUGUGUAUAAACAACGGUAGUAGGGCUGGCGCCUUAGCUAAUAUGACUCUAGAAGAAUUCAGAGCAGCCAAACACCACGAUUCGGAGUAUUUGGUGAACAUGAAAAAAACAAAACUUUCGCCACGCACGGUCCUGCUCACAUCGUUUUCUCGCUGUCACUUUUCAAAUGGACGGAAAUUUUUAUUUCCAAAUGUCGUAACGCGCUAG